AUGGCAUCCGCCGAAGCACGACGAGACGAUGAGCACGACACGGAAGGCGCGAGCGAACAGACACCACUUCUCUCCAACAACGCACAAUCGCAAGACGAUCGGAGUCAGCCACAACGGGAAGUGUCGGCACGGGGCUCGCUUCUCAAUUCUCUCAGCCUCACCAACAACAAGACAGGCAGGCGAAGAUGGCCUUCCUUGAUCGCAUUGGCUGGACUAUGUGGUCUAGUCAUGCUGAUCAUCGUCUUCGCCUUCCUCGCACCAUCGACAGUGGAGGAGUAUGCGCAACAAGCCAUCGUCUUCGAUCCAACAUCAUUAUCCAUCGAUGGCUUCACCUCGACCGGCGUGCGGGCGCGCAUCCAGGGUGAUUUCAUGAUGGAUGCGACGCGGGUGCAGAGGAAGCCAGUGCGAGAUCUUGGCAAGUUCUUUACAUACAUGGCGCGAGAGGCGGAAAGCGGACAGAGUGAGGUUGAGGUGUCGCUGCCGGAGUAUGGCAAUGUGGUGUUGGGGACGGCGGCCGUGCCAGGUAUUAAAGUGGAUCUGCGAAAUGGACACCGCACGCAUGUGGAUGUGUUGAGCGAUCUACAGCCCGGUGAUGUGGAGGGAAUUAGGCGUAUCGCCAAUGACUGGAUUGAAGGUCGGCUUGGCCAGUUGAGGGUGCUGGGCAAGGCUAAGGUGCCGGUCAAGAGUGGCCUCAUCAGCUUAGGCAAGCAGGCCAUACAGCAGGAGCAUCUGUUUGCGAACAAGGACAUCCCGACUCUACCAGCCUAUGACAUCAAGAAGCUCAACUUUCGAGAGAUUGAGCUGCCGAAAGGCGGUCGAGGGAUGGCGGCAGAUGUCAGCAUUGCUGUGCAGAACGAUUAUCCCGUCGACUUCACCAUCCCACCACUGGCAUUCAAUAUUCUGGUCGACAACUGCAAGAAGGAUGAACCAUACAUCAAGCUCGCCAACGCAGAGACACACGACCUCCACAUCCAACCCAAGCACAAGGUGGAGCUGAACGCCACAGGUGUAGUCCACGAAUUACCCGACGUACUUACGCAAGACUGCCCAGGCAUGAGCAAGUCACCACUAGACAUGCUACUAGGCAACUACCUCCAUGGUAAGGACAACACAAUCUACGUCCAGGGCUCGUCCGCACCACAACACAACACACCACAAUGGAUCACCGAUCUGAUCUCCGACAUUACCGUCCCUGUGCCAAUCCCAGGCAAGACCUUCGGCCACCUCAUCAAGAACUUCUCCCUGACAGACACCCACUUCAGUCUACCAGACCCAUUCGCGGAUACUUCAGAUCCGACAAUCAGCGCUAAAGUAAAAGCACUCAUCGCCCUCCCAGAGGAGAUGAACUUCAAUCUUUCUGUCUCCAAAGUCCGCGCCGACGCCGACAUUUUCUACCACGGCAAGAAGCUGGGCAAGCUUGACUUGCAUAAAUGGCAGCCCGCCACCUCCAGACGCUUAGACACCAACGAGUCAAGUCCUGAACUCCUAGUCGAAAGUGCUAUACAAGAUGCUCCCAUCAACAUCACCGACGACGACGUCUUCACCCGAGUCGUCCAGGAUAUGCUCUUCGGCGGCGGCAAAGAGGUGAUCAUGCACAUCAAAGCCGACGUGGAUGUCAUAGUGGAUAGUGCGCUGGGAGAAUUGGCUGUGACGAAGAUACCGGCCGAGGGCUCGAUACCAAUAAGACAUGCUGAAAUGACCUUCUCUUUCGUAGCCUUCAAAGACCACAACAAAAGCCCUGGUGAUAUUGCCAAGGGUUUCCGACCCAAAGUCUUCGACCUGAACAUCCUGUCCACUACAUCAACCGGUCUAACGCUGGGCGCAAAGGUCAACAUCACAAACCCCACCGUCUAUUCGGCCACGGUGCCAUACGUCGACAUCCACAUCGUGAAGAAUGGCUCUGUGCUCGGCCACGCGACAGCGAAGAACAUCGAGAUUCAGGCGGGAGAAAACCACAACCUCUACAUCGAAGCUGUCUACGAUCCCGCCAAAAUGGGUGGGGAGAACGGCAUCCACAUCGGCCGCGAACUCCUAAGCCAGUACAUCUCCGGCUACAACACGACUCUGACCCUCCAACUCCACUCAGGAAGUCUCCCCACCCUCCCAAACCUCGGCAAAGCCCUCAGUAAAUUCCCCCUCGAGCUCCCAACGCCACAGCUGCAUACUCCAAGCCCACCAAAGGAGGACCCCACCCCGCCAUCAAACCCUCCCGGUCACGGUGACGAUGACGACGACGAAGAAAAAAUGCACUUCAUCCACGACGCCACCUUCCACCUCCUAACCAGCACCGCCACCUUCCUCCUCACCUCCCCCUUGAAACACGAAACAAUCUACAUCCACCGCCUGAACGCCACAGCAUAUUACAAAGGAUCCACCGUCGGGGAAAUCUACUACGACCUCCCCUUCGCCAUCCCCCCCUAUGACCCAGAGGAGAACGAUGGACGCGGGACGCUAAGUCCAAGGUUACCGGUUGAGUGGAGUUUAGGGAGCGUGGGGUAUGAGGCUGUGAGAAGGGCAUUGGGGGGACGGUUGAAGUUGGGGGCGUUUGCGGAGGUGGAAUUGCAGAUUGGGAGGUGGAGGCAGGGGGUUUGGUUUGAGGGAAGGGGGAUUGGGGCGGGGGUUAGGAUAUGA